UAUUGUUUUCUAGAGUUAGUCUUUCUUGUUAUCAUCGUUUUGUUUUGAAGAGGAAAUGUAUUUUUUAGUGUUUGCGUUUUUGAUAAGUGAUUUGAAUGAUUAUUUGUGGUAAUCAUUUGUGCCUGUUGCGUUGCUUAUUUCUGAAUGAAGAUCUUUUUAACAAUGACGUUUGCGUCGCAUAUGCCUCUUCUAACUAUAUGUUGUGAAUGCCCAUUUAGAGUCAACAUCUUUCUCAUCAGAUGCAAUGCAGGCUUUGGGUGUGCGUAUUAGUGUAGUGAAGACUCACACUCAUACCCAUCACGAAACUCAUAAGGUCAUAUUUCAUAGAAUAUAUAUACUCUUCGAAGGCUUUGCCUUUGAAAGCUAUUAGGACUUGCAAACGAGUGAGUUCUAAUUUAAAAGAUAUUGAAAUUAAUGUCAACUGAAAACACUUUCGAUUGAAGUUAUUUUGAAGCAUUUACUAUCCAAAAACUUAAAAAACGAAAGUGUAAAAGUCUUUUAUUCCUACAAAGAUAAAAACAAACAUCCAAAGAAUGCAAGGACUCCAUUUUGUCCUGGUUUCAACAUCUAUCAGGUCAUCUCUGCUUGCAGAAAAAAACAUCAAUAUUUCAAUCAUGUUCCAUGAGAUGAUGAUGAUUCACUUUCGCAGAUAUUAAAGGUACUAAUUGCAAAUUGUACUUAGAAAAUAUUGAAUAGUUCAUUGUAUAAAAGAAAACUCAAAAUGGAAAAAUGGAACAAUUUCAUCAUGCCAGGGGAAAGAAUGUUUUUAAAACGAACUACAAACUGACCCACAUAAGCAUACAUAGAUAGACAUUUUCUUAAUUAACUUCUAGACUUGAGAGACUUUUUAGUUUUGUGAAUAAAAAUAAACAAUUUCAAAAAAUGAAUCAUUUAAAGUUCUGCAAACUCUAGAUAAAGUCUAGGAAAAGUAUCAAAUGAAUAAUUAUUUAAAUAUUUGUCUUCUAUCACGCAUUUUGAGGUCCAAAAAAGCAUGCUACUUGUCAUGGUCUGUAGAAGAGGAAUGAGGCCAAGUGUCUUGCUAUGUACUAAACACUCAUUUCCAAUAAUGUUUCGAAAAAUAGCACGACAGCAAGUCUACUAGUGCACAAGAUGCUCCGUCAGAAAGAAAUGGCUUGUGUUCAGAUGUCGAUCAUCUGCUCUCAGGUGCCAAUCAAUCUUGUUUUAUACCGACCUUCCUGACAUUCUUCACUCAUCCAUAUGUGCUAGUCUCUCUGACUGAUUUCUCUUGCCCACAUGGUAUUAUUCUUCAUCCAGAACUUAUUUGGAUUGAAUGCUUGCAUUAGUUCUAUUAGCGUUGAGAAUUGAACAAAGCACAGUCAGCAGUUUUCGCGCUUAUUUUUCAUUUCUAAUAUACUGUAAAUUAUUGUUUCAUGCGACUGGUGAGACAUUCUAGUUUCACAUUGAUUAUUUUAGUCUUUCUUGCCAUAAAUGGUGUAAAAUAUACUCGUUUACUGCUAGGAUUUGUGUAGACACGUAUAGCAUCAUAUAGUUCCUGCUCAGUUGCAAUUCAUAAAUCAUAUUUUCUCUUGAAAAUGUCGAGACAAUUGAACUGUUCUAGAAAGGUCUAAUCAAUGACCCUUUUUUUCUUUCAUGAAAAAAUGAAAAUCAUAUCUUUGUAUUCUAUCAGAAGAUCAUUAUUCUUAAGAAUUGCCAAGGAAGAAGCAAUGAAAAACUGAAAAGUGGUCAAUAAGAGAAGCACAUUUAUUAAGAGAAUGUACUCUGAUGCAUUGUCUCUUGAAUGAAUUUCCUCAAACACAUAGAUUUUGCAACUUUCUUGUACGAUAGUCAUGCUAGAGGCAAAAUGUAUUUAAUUUACAACAUAUUUAAUUAAGAGUGAUAGAUAGAAGUAAGAAAGUCCAACAAUAAAAUACAAAAAACUCAUAAUGUCUUUUCUUGUGUUUACUUGAAAUUUGAUAUCUGAGUAACUGUAAGCUGGCAACAACGAAAUUCAGACUAUACAUUCACUUUUUAGAAGUCAGCUUUGCAUAGUAGGACAUAUCACCGUUCAUUUGGCUGAUAGAUCAACAUAUUCGAACAGUAUAUUUUCAAAUACAUAAACCUUGUCCACAUCAUAUCUUGAAAAUGGUAAGGAUUUUCUAGCAAAAAUUCAAAAUCCGACCGAAAUCGAUUUGUCAACGCACUAGAAGGAUACUGUGCGAAACAAGCAUAUUUUAAAACCCUAGUAUCACUCAUUAUAUUCAUUUAGGUUCUACCACGACAACAACUACAACAAGUUCAGUUUGUAGUUUUUGUUAUGUUACUACUGGUGGUGGUGGUGGUGCUAAUGUUACUUGUGAUUCUUUUUGUACUAAUAAUCGUGCUUGUAGUACUAUUGGAUCUACUGCACCCACUACCAACUGUCCUGGUGGUAAUAAUCGUGUUUGUAACAAUAUUAAUGGUUUUCGUUGUUGUUGUGUGCUACCACCUGGAGGUUAA